AUGAUUCAAGGUAUUGCCAGCCAUGCUCGAAGUUUACUUCAUGAUGUGGACAGCAACGUGGUGGAACGCUAUCACAGCAUCAUUGCGAAAUAUGUAGGAGGGAAGAGAGUUAACUUUUCCCUCAAAAAUUCGUAUGAGACGCGAUGCAUUGCUUCAGCAGUGUCGUUCAAUGAAGAAAAUUCACUGUCAAAACUAUAUAAGAAAAUGACCAACAAAAGCCCAAGAGGUAAGCUGAAGAUGUGGGAAGAAAGAAAACGUAAACAAAAAGUACUUAGUAAAAGGUAUACAAAAAAGAAAAGACGACUAGUUUUCAGCCAAAAAUGCAGUGAUAAGGAUUAUGGCCAGUCAUGUGAAAAACCUGAUAUGCCGGUAGAAGUACUGGAUAAAAUGAAAAACGAUUUCAUGAAAUCUUUAAAAAAGACGGAUGAGGAGCGAGCAAUAAUUGAAAGAAAAACUAUUUUACAAAGUGCUAAUGGAGAAUGGCUUGAGAUGAGAAGAUCUUUAUUGACUGCAUCCAAUUUCGCCAGGGUUGUAAAAAAGGCGUACUAA